AUGAGUAGUAAUGAAUCGGUGGUGUGUGCUACACCACCGUUGGCUGAAGAAGAGGAAGAAGAUGAGAAUCAACUACAAAAUGAGUCAAACCAGGAGACAACUGCUUAUUCAAUUCCAAUAAGUGAACAACAAAAACAAGAGCAGUCUUCGUCGACAUCCUCAUCAAACAAUCAACAGCAAAUAUCAAUGAAUAUUGCUGAUAAUGAUAACACUAUCGCUAAUACAUUUACAGACGCCCAUCGUGACAGUAUUUGGAUGUCAAUGGGCAUCCAUAUGUCCGAUGAAGAAGCCAGGAAACGGAGGAUGAGUAGAAGACGUGAAAGUAUGGAGCAGGCCGAACAACUGGCUGCACUCGCACCAGGCACACGUGUGAUGUUUCUGUUGAAAGAAAAGAACGAAAUGCCAGCGUUAUUCACUGAAAUGGGUGAAUUAAGUCGUUCGGGUGCAGUUGAGGAAUGGCGUGAAACAGCACGUUGGGUGAAGUUCGAGGAGGACGUCGAAGAAGGUGGUAACCGAUGGUCGAAACCUCACGUUGCAACGCUUUCUUUACAUUCACUUUUUCAAUUGCGAUCGUGCCUUCUGAAUGGUGUUGUUCAUAUGGAUUCCGAAGCGGCGACUCAUGCUGAACUAAUCGAAGAGUUGUUAGAGAAAUUUGUUGCCGAAGGGCAGUUGGAAGAAUCAGAUAAAGAUCAAGUAAGACAGGUGCUAUCGAGACGGCAUACGCAUCAGUAUGAGCAGGCAAGAGGUGUGGGCAAUGGUAAUGGUGGCGCACAAGGAGGUUUCCUGAAUGCGGUUCGUUCAAUAUCAGAUAUUGGUAAAACAUUCUCGCAUGGUCGUAAUUUGGGUAAAAUUGAUGAGACCAUACCAGAAGGUAGUGCCGUAAGCGGUGGUCAUGCGAAUACCAGUUCAGGUAAUGUUUUAGCAUCAACAACAGCAUCACAUGCAACUACUACGUCUAGCACAACUCCGUCACAGAAAAGUCCUACAUUGCAGUUGCCGAAGGUUGGUUCAGUACCAAAGGAUAUAUCGCGUGAAGGCUCGCAUGCGGACAUUAAAGGCAAUACACAUUUCAUGAAGAAACUACCGUUAGGUGCAGAAGCUUCUAAUGUCUUGAUCGGUGAAGUAGACUUUUUAUCGCAUCAUAUCACUGCAUUCGUGCGAUUAAAAACGGCUGCGAUUCUUGGAGAUCUUACUGAAGUAACUAAUUCAUUUCUUAAACAUCUAAAGUAUUUACCAGAUCGGUUUGUAUACAAGGGAAUUGAUUUUCAGGUGCCUGUUCCAACUCGAUUUUUUUUCAUUUUAUUAGGACCAUCCGGUCAUGCAGCACAGUAUCGAGAAAUCGGACGUGCAAUUGCAACACUAAUGUCUGAUGAGAUUUUCCAUGAUGUCGCAUACAAGGCACGUAAUCGCGGCGAUUUAUUGGAUGGUGUCGAUGAAUUCCUCGAUCAAGUAACUGUAUUACCACCAGGUGAAUGGGAUCCGAAUAUCAGAAUUGAACCGCCAAAUAGAAUCCCAUCCCAAGAUAAACGCAAGCAAGUUGGAUCGGAACUUUUACUCACUGAAUCGCCUCCACCAAAAAAGAAAGAAGAUUUCGAUGAAGAUCCACAUGGAAACGAUCCAGCACUGAAACGAACUGGCCAUUUGUGUGGUGGUUUGAUAUUGGAUAUAAAACGUAAAAUACCGUGGUAUUUCUCAGAUUUUCGAGAUGCAUUGAAUUUGCAAUGUAUUGCAACAUUUUGUUUUAUGUAUUUUGCAUUGUUAGCACCAAUUGUGACCUUUGGUGGUCUUCUAGAAGAAGCAACGCAUCAGCGUAUGGCUGCAAUGGAGAAUCUAUUCGGUGGUGCGAUUUGUGGUGUUAUAUAUCAUAUGUUUAGUGGUCAACCGUUAACGAUAAUUGGCUCAACAGGACCAGUAUUGGUCUUUGAAACAAUUGUUUUUGAUAUGUGUACAACACUAAGUUUAGACUACCUCUCAUUUCGUUUUUGGGUUCAUGUUUGGACAGCCUUCAUCUUGUUUGUUAUGGUCGUCACUGAUGCUAGCUCACUGGUAUCAUAUAUAACACGAUUUACCGAAGAGUCAUUUGCAACCCUUAUCGCCGUAAUAUUUAUUUAUGAAGCAAUCAUGAAGUUGGCCAAAAUCAAGGAUCAACUAGAUGUCAUCGAAUACAGUCGGACGGUAGUUGAUGGCACGUGUCAAUGUAUUGGUGGUGGUGCUCCAGUUUCCAAAGUUCUUACAGCUGCACACAAAAAAGGCUGGCAGAUCGUCCAUAAUGAUACGUAUGUGGACUAUUCCCAAGUUGGUCUCGAGCAGUGUCGAGUUCUACUUGGAAAAUUGGAUGGUGAAUCAUGUUAUGUGCUAUACGAUAAACUUCUUAUGUCACUUGUACUUAUGCUGGGAACAUUCUUUUUGGCAAUUACAUUUAAGAAAAUGCGUAACAGUUGCUAUUUUCCAUCACGCGUUCGUCAAGUAUUCAGCGAUUUCGCAGUAAUGAUCUCUAUCUUUAUCAUGACCCUUGUGGACAUGUAUGUUGGCAUCAACACUCCAAAACUCAAUGUUCCAUCAACGUUCAGACCAACUUGGGAGGGUCGUGGCUGGUUCAUACCGCCAUUCAAUGGUAAUCCAUUAUGGACUGCACCAGCUGCAUCUAUUCCAGCCUUAUUGGCUUGCAUUCUCAUCUUUAUGGAUCAACAAAUUACCACUGUCAUUGUUAAUCGUAAAGAAAACAAACUCAAAAAAGGUUGCGGUUAUCAUCUAGACUUAUUUGUGCUAGGGUGUCUAAUCUUUGUGGUUGGAGUAUUGGGAUUACCAAUUUAUGUGGCUGCAACAGUUCUUUCGAUCAAUCAUGUUAAUUCACUCAGAGUUGAAUCAGAAUCGCGUGCUCCUGGUGAAGUUGCUCAAUUUAUUGGUGUGAGGGAGCAGCGUCUAACCGGUGUUAUAACGUUCGCUUUCAUUGGCUUAUCGGUUCUAAUGACUCGAGUUCUCAGCUACAUACCAAUGCCCGUUCUCUAUGGCGUGUUCCUUUAUAUGGGCAUCGCAGCACUUGGUGGUAUACAGCUGUUUGAUCGAAUUCUAUUGCUUCUUAUGCCUAUGAAAUAUCAACCAGAUACGAUCUAUAUACGUCAUGUACCAAUUUCCGUUAUCCACAAAUUUACGUUUUGCCAAUUUGCUUGCCUCGCCGUUUUGUGGACGAUUAAAUCUAUCAAACGAACCUCGAUCGCCUUUCCAAUCAUGGUCUUGGUUGUAAUGGUUGCUGUACGAAAGUUAAUGGAGAAGUUUUUCUCAGAACGAGAUCUGAGGUAUUUAGAUGAUAAGAUGCCUGAUUUCCAUUUGAGGAAGAAAGAAGACCUUAAGAGAAAAGAAAGUGAAGGGGAGGAAAUUGAUAUUGAUCUAGAAGAGAAUCAAGGAACAAUUCAUGCAGUUAAAACAGAAGCACAUUUGCAUAUACCAAUGGCAAGUGGUAACGUUAUAAAGAUACCAUUAGCAGCAAUACAAGAGCCAUCACACAACAUCAAUAUAUCGAAAGAAGUCAACAAAAGUGGCAUGGAGGUAUCUUCAUCGAGACCUCACUUGGCGUCACGAGAGGACGACGACACACUGGAAGAUGAAGAAGCGAUAAUGAUUAAAGUGAUAAAACCGUCACCACAUAGCUCAAACGUUCAGCUCAAUAAUGAAGAGACACCACUUCUCGAUAAGGAUAAGACAGAUACGGCUGUCUAG